AUGACUGUCAACGGGACUUACAGUGUUAUUGACACACAUCCCUGCUAUGUAUCAGAUAAUACAAGAUAUGUAUUUACAAGCAACCCCUCCAUUAUAUGCGUAUUAUUAUAUAUUUUUCUUGGUUUAUUGUCUUUUGCCACAGUGUGUGGAAACCUUCUUGUAAUAAUCUCUGUCAUUUAUUUCAAACAGCUCCACACUCCUACUAACUACCUUAUUCUCUCUCUGGCUGUGGCUGACUUGUUUGUUGGAGUUUUAGUGUGCCCAUUCAGCAUGGCAUUCACUGUAACCUUUUGUCGAUACAAUGCCGCUUUAUUUUGUAAAGUACGAGGAAGCAUUGAUGUCACACUGAGCACAACUUCAAUUUUGAACUUGUGCUGUAUUUCUAUUGAUAGAUAUUAUGCAAUAUGUCAGCCUCUCAUAUAUAAAACUAAGAUAAAUGAUCGUGUUAGUGGGAUUAUGAUCCUGCUGAGCUGGGCAAUUGCUGCUGUUGUUGGAAUCAGCGUCAUGGUAGCAAGUUUUUAUCGAGGAAAAUGUGGAAAAGGUUGUUUAAUUGAUGCUGUAUUAGAAACCGUUAUGUCAUGCGUUUUCUGCUUUUAUAUCCCAGUCAUUGUAAUGCUUACUAUCUACCUAAAAAUUUUCAUUGUUGCACGAAAACAGGCAUUUAGCAUCCACAACACGACCUGUCAGAGCACAAAGUCUGGAGCAGUUGUCAGUAAGAUGGAGAGAAAGGCCACCAAGACUCUGGCUAUAGUUAUGGGAGCGUUUCUCUUAUGUUGGACUCCUUUCUUUUUUUCAUUGACAUUUCUUUCUUUUAUCAGGGGUUCAGUGCCACUCUCUGCGAUUGAAACACUUAACUGGAUAACACUGUCAAACUCGAUGCUCAAUCCGUUCAUUUAUGCUUUCUUUUACAGCUGGUUCAGGGCAGCUUUUAAAAUGAUCAUCUCAGGAAAAAUAUUUCAAGGGGAUAUUUCUAACUCAAAGCUCCUUUGA